AUGGCGGGAAGUGGAGGAAUGGAAAAACCUCUCGAGGGCGCAAACUUGUCCUCAGCUUCCACAAGCAGCACACACUGCCCCCUUGGGCUGAGAGCAAAGAGAGUUUCGACCCGCAAGUACUUGCCACACACGUGGAGGGCUACGAGACGCAAACGGAGCACCAUACCAACAACCAGCAGCGCCCACCAUACUAUCCCAAAUGGGAAGACCCUGGACUCCAGGCUCAAUGCAAAAGGGUAUCAGCUCUCCCACAACCCCGGGGCUAGAGAGGCACCUCAACAUUGCUACAAUGCUCCCCAGUGCGGCCUGAGUCCACAAUCGAGAAGCGACUCCCAUAGGGGUAUCGGAUGA